AUGUGUUCUCUAAUUGCCAAGCUCUCUUCCCUUCCUCUCUCACUCUCCAUUGUUUCCUCAUCUUCAUCUUCAUCUUCCUCUUCCUCUAAAGAUGGAAAACCCAACUCAAAGUCAGUGAAGCUGAGAGAGGACUGGAGGCAACGCUCCAGACCCAUUCCUUCUGGUGGCACUUACCCGGCUAAAGACCACUGCAGUCGUUGCGGGUUGUGCGACACAUAUUACAUUGCCCACGUCAAGGAAGCCUGUGCUUUCUUAGGAGAUGGAAUGUCUAAGAUUGAAGGCUUGGAACCUGUAGUUCAUGGUAGAGGGAGAAAAACAGGUUCCUCGGAUGAAAUGUACUUGGGUGUCUAUGAGGAGUUGUUGUAUGCUCGUAAAGUGAUGCCUGUUGAGGAGCUCAGUGGACAGGAAUAUGACCCAAACGACAGAUUUACUGCACGGCCUGUAUUAGCAAGGACACCAGAGGAAGUUCUAGCUGCUAAAGGUGUCAAGCCGACAUUAUCUCCUAAUCUUAAUACCCUUGCCCUAGUUGAGGCUGCAGGUGUAAAGAAACUUCUAUUCUGUGGUGUGGGUUGCCAGGUGCAAGCAUUACGAUCUGUGGAGCACCAUUUAAAUUUGGACAAGCUCUAUGUGUUAGGCACAAAUUGUGUGGACAAUGGGACUCGAGAAGGGCUUGAUAAGUUUUUAAAGGCUGCAAGUAGUGAACCGGAGACAGUUCUUCAUUAUGAGUUUAUGCAAGAUUACAAGGUUCACUUGAAGCAUUUGGAUGGUCAUAUUGAAGAGGUUCCAUAUUUCUCUCUGCCAGCAAAUGAGUUGGUUGAUGUAAUUGCUCCUUCUUGUUAUAGUUGUUUCGAUUAUACAAAUGGUUUAGCGGAUUUAGUUGUAGGAUACAUGGGUGUGCCAAAAUAUUCUGGAAUCAGCAUGACUCAACAUCCACAGUAUGUUACGGUAAGAAAUGAACGUGGAAGAGAGAUGCUCAGUCUGGUUGAUAAUCUUUGGGAGGUUACUCCAACAACUAGCAGUGACAUAGUUUCCUUUGUACGAAGUAUUCUAAGCAUGGCUAACCAUUUGUCAUGGAGACUGUUAAGGCAUAUGAUAAUGCUAAGUUGGGGAAUAGGACCUCCCCUUGAUGGGAUCAAGAAUAGAAAUGUUUAUCAUUUCGCUGUAUUAGACUGCUAUAGCUCAUCUGAAUUUCUGGAGGACUCGCAAAAUAUAUGCUGCUUACCAUUGUUUCUACAAUCUUGUUUCUCAGGAAAGGGUCCUGAACCUGCCCCAAAGUUUGUUGGGAAUGUGAUUGCUUUCUUGCUAAACUUGAUUGGCCCAAAGGGUCUGGAAUUUGCUUGUUAUUCACUCGAUUACCAUACCAUCAGGAACUACCUGUAUGUAAACCGAAUAUGGGGAAAACAAAGAGCUGAUCAGCAUAUGCCUUCAUAUGCAAAGAAGAUUGUGGAUACCUACAAUAAGAAUGGUGAAAUCAAUCGGAUUCUUUCCAACAAGUCACGUGCCAUUCGACAUGCAGAGGUUGCAGAGUUUUUGAGGAAAAUGUUGGAGAGUGCUACGAGGAAAGAGAUGGUUGAUGUGGGUGCUGAGCUGAUGAGUCUUACAAACAACACUCAUGGAUGUGACCAUGGGUAUGAUAACUUCUGGAGGGUGAAGCAGCAUGAAGAGAGAGAGGGUUGGGAUAGAGAAGAUAAAGAUUUGAUGGAUAUACUAUUGAAGGCCUAUCAAGAUGAUAAAGCCGAGGUCAAGAUUUCCAGAACUCAUGUGAAGGCUUUCUUGCUUCGUUCCAAGUUCAGUUGUGAGCCAACAAUGAGAGCUACUGCGAACAAUGGGAGCUAUCGGGAUCGGAGAUCGAUGAAGCAUGUUCUGGACAAAGUUCAUGGAUACAUCUACCUCGAGCCGGUAUGA